AGUACGACGAAUCUCCGGCAAGCCAAAAUGACGUUGCGAAACCAGAAAGGAGAUUCUGUGACGCCUCAACGACGUGCAACAGCUGCUCCGGGAGCUCCAUCUCAACAACUCAAAAUGGCGGAGAAAACGACGGCACCGUUCGCUGUGAUGUCUGUGGAACUUCCGCCAGGUCUUCCACGAGUCAACAACUCGGUAUUCGAUGACUUAUCGCCACCAGCUCACAUUCCAUUCAGUGGAUGGAAACAGUCAAGUGGAAGCAACAACAGUGGAAAGAAGAAUCAGAGAAAGUCGACACCUCGGAAACAGGAAAAUUCUUCUGCUUCUAGGCAAGGAACUAUUCCGAAUCCAAAUCUAAAGUUCUUCCAACUGGUCAGCCCAUUGCCAUUUGCAACCAAUUCAGUCCCAAUUAGAGGAAUCAAGACAGAUCAGGGUGUUGUCAAGUAUCCACUGCUCCUUUGCUCCCAGGAAGGAACUGUGAUGGUAUCCAUGGCCGCCGGAAUAAUCGUCGAACUGUGUAUGGAUCGCAGUUUUCGUGUCGUCUGCAACACGGAUUUCAUGGCCUACAUCAACUCGAAUGGUGCCGUCUGCAGUUUUCUUCACAAAUAUGCAAAGAUUGUGCAUCAAAAGGAGCAUGUUCACUGCAAAUUCCUGAAUACAAAUGAUCGAAUGGCUGUGAUGGGACCAGAAGGAAUUCUAUUCAGUAUGGACUCACUCACAGAAGCCUAUCUUUUGAGUGGAGCCAAAGAAUCUGGACCUUCGGCGGUGGUUCUUGAGAAACCAGAGUUUCCGAUCAUGAAUAUGGAUUAUACCAUUCAACAAAUGUAUGGAGAAUCUGAUCUUGGAGCAAGUAAUAUGGAAAAGUGCGAAGCUGUAAUGCAGCAAGCUCAAUACGAAAAGCACCCGGAUGGACUCCUCACUGUGCAUAUCAACGGGAUGCUUCUCAAGUACAACACUCAAUCGGGAGAGGUGAAUGUGGAGGCAAAACCAGUGAAGCUUACCGUCAAUGCGACAACUCUCACGGCUCAGCUCAGAAGCGCUUUUAUUGAUAUGGCUAUUCAGGACAAGGACAAAUGCUACGUGAAGCGAGGCGAGAAACGAAUUCACACAUCCCGCUCGGGUAUGGUGAUCUCCGACGGCACCUGUACAAUUUCCAUGGACCAAUUCGGCUGCAUUCUUUCAUGUUCAUAAGUAACUCCCCGUCUGUUUUAUUCCUAAUAUUUUUAUUGUUUUAUUAUUUCCCAAGUUCCCCCCCCCCCCCCCCCCAGUAUUAUUAAUUCCCUUAAGUUCUCCAUUGAGACUCCAGCAUACACCUAACUUUUAUCCCAUUAUUCCUCGAAUCAUUGGGCCAAGAAAACCGCUACUGAGCCGGUAAUUUAUUUAUUACAUAAAUCAUAAAAAAUAAAAAUUUUAGUUUAA